GUCACCAAGAGAAGGGUUAUAGGUGGAUCAGUAGGAUAAAGGAUACGAAGCUGGGCUGAUUCCUACUCAAUUCGGGGAUUCAGUUCACUUCGGCGCUGUUUUCAGCAAGAGUUGUAUUUUCAACUCUGCGACAGUGCGUCAUCGAAAGGGCGACUGUUCUUUCCACUUUAAAUGGAUGAUAAACUAAGAUUAAGGAAUUAGCGCAAACUAUGAAGAGCGGUUUCUGGGCCAUUAUCAUUUUGCUGACAAGCAGUUUAGUGGCUUCUCAGGAAACUGCACAGACACCCCCAGGACAAGAUCCAUUGCUGUUUAAGUUGCAGGGAUAUACACUGCCAGAAUCCUACAGUGCACAAUGGCAGUGUCCAGAUGGUUUUGUUUUUAUACGAGAGAAGUGUUUUAAAGUGUUUAGCAGCAAAGUAACAGAGAACACAGCAAAAGAAACUUGCCAGAGCUAUGGCAGUGUUCUCCUUGGUGUGUUGGAUGACCAAAGUACUACUGUGCAACUAGAUGUCUUAGUAAAGAAUACCAUCAAUGACUCUGCACCAGUUUCAUAUUGGAUUGAUUGGUCUUUGUGUGCAGAUGCGGACACUGGGGCUGACACAUGUACAGACAAGGUGUCAUGGAGGGCUGGGCAACCUUUAGAUCCCGCAGAUGUCCAGGUGGAUGAAGCCACAGAUGAGCCCCUGAAGUAUUGUACUGAUGCCUUAGUGCAGAGUGAACCAGGGACACCUGCUGAGUAUGGCUUUGUUAGCUGCAUUGAACUGAAUUAUUUUGUCUGUGAGACGGCAGCAUGCCAGCCAGGAGAAUUUCACUGCAAUGGCACUGGAUGUAUUCCUGCAAAACAAGUGUGUGAUGGCAUUCAGCAGUGCAGUUCAGGGGCUGAUGAAUUGAACUGUACAGUGUCGUGCGGUGGCUAUGAGAAAGGAACUUCUGGAAAUAUCAGCUUCCCUGAAUCUGGUGACACAUACCCAAACUCUGCCAGCUGUGAGUGGGUGAUAGAAGUGGAGGUUGGAUACAGAAUACAGAUUGAUAUCCUUGCAUUUGACACUGAGGACAAUUAUGACUUCCUGUUCAUUCACAGUGGCAAUCCCUCAAGUGAUAUCAACCUUCACACUAAGCUCAGUGGCAAAAAUGUAUCAAGAAAUUCAGUAGAGAUUGCCAGUAAUAUUGUAACUCUGAAGUUCACAUCAGAUGAGGAGGCAGUGCGCCCAGGAUUUGCAUGUUCAUGGAAAGCAGUCCCUGCUCCGAACUGUGACCAGGACUUAGUGGCUACUAGGGAGUGGCAGUACUUUACAUCCCCAGAGUAUCCAGAUGGUUAUCCUGUUGGCAUGGACUGUCUGUACAAUAUAUCUUCCUUAUUCCCUGCAGAGACACUGACUCUUGAGUUCAAAGAUUUCAACCUGACUUCUGGGGAUUCAGUGCAAGUUUUGGAUGGAAAAACAAGAGACUCAUCUCUUGUGGGCAAAUUUGUAGGAAGUGCUCUUCCCAAGCCAUUGGUGUCUAGUUCCAGUCAUCUGCUUGUGACCUUCUUCUCUGAUGCGUAUGGCAGUGGGAAAGGGUUUAAUGCUUCCUACAGGGCUGGUUGUUCGGCUGAAAUAGAGGCAAGCAGUGGAAUAGUGGAGUCACCAGAUUAUGGUACAACUAGCUACCCAUCGCUGCUAGAUUGCACAUGGAGAAUCAGGAACCCAGAUGAAACACCUCUUACCAUGUGUUUUAGUGUGCUAGAUACAGAGCUAGAUUAUGAUGUUGUGACAGUUUACAACAGCACAGAUGGUAGAUUUCCAUUUGGUAAUUUUUCUGGGGGCAUCCUUCCACCACCCCUGAGGUCUCAAAAUGGAAUCUUCUACAUGACAUUCAAAACUGACAGUGAUUUUAAUGACUACAGAGGCUUCAAUGCUUCAUUUUCAAUUGAUUGCCCAAGUUUGUACCCAUUACCAAAUAACAGCAUGAUCAGUAGUGAUUCUCCACACUACUGUAGUGUGAUCACCUAUUCAUGUAUGGCUGGUUAUAACCUCACUGGACCAACGACCAGAACCUGUCUUAGUGGAGGAGAGUGGAGUAACCCGCCUCCAGAAUGCACAGAAAUCAGUUGUGGAUCUGCACCAGGCAUAGACCGUGGCAGGGUCUUUGAUGCACAGUACAUCAAUGGGAAACCAUUGUAUGGAUCCAAUGUCACUUAUAUCUGUAAUACUGGAAAUGCUAUGGAGGGGAUGGCCACCAUUAAGUGCACUGAAAAUGGCUGGGAACCUGCACCAACUUGUAAAUUAUCUUCCUGCCCAGAGCCUGUGAUCAAGAAUGGUAGAAUUGUCAAUACCAAGCCAGAAUACAAGUUUGGGAUAGUGAUUAUCAUUGCGGCUGAUGAGGGAUAUAGAGUGGUUGGUGCGCCAAUUGCUAUGUGUUCUGCUGAAGGAUACUUUAUUAAUAUUCCAAAAAUUGAAGCAUUACCAUGCGCACCACCUUUGCCAUUUGCCAGUGGAAGCAUUAUAACCCCAGGACCCUAUGUUAGGAAUCAAACUGUGUUAGCUCAGUGUGAACCUGGCUUUGUGGCUGAAAAUGGGCUUCGGAAUGUCAGUGUAACAUGUUAUAUCGAUGGAACCUGGGAUCCCAUGCCUAACUGUACAGACUUGGAUGAGUGCACAGCUAUGGAAGGUGUUUGUGACCCCAGUGUCAGUAGGUGUGUUAAUCUUCCUGGAUCAUACGCUUGCUCCUGUUUGCCAGGGUAUGCACGUCCUAAUGGGACUAUUUUCAACUGUAUUGAUGUGGAUGAAUGUCUGGUGAACAAUGGAGGCUGUGAGCAAUCCUGUCAUAACACCAAUGGUAGUUACUAUUGUUCCUGCAUGGAAGGAUACAACUUGUACCUUGGCAAUGAGACUAGUGCCAUGGUGGGAAAUGCCACAGUUGAAAGGAUGGUGGAUAAAUCUUGUAUACCAAUGAGAUGUCCACCUUUGGUCAACAUUAGAGAAGGCAGUGCAUUAUUUAGCAGUUUCGCCAUUAAUUCUGAUGGUUCAUAUGACUACCCAGCAGAGGUACAGAUCACAUGCAAGACGGGAUACUUCCUUGAGGGACCAGAUACCAUUCAGUGCUUGUCCAAUGGAAGCUGGUCUUCCAACACUAGCAGGUGUUCUAGGGUUCGUUGUGGUAUGAUCAAGGCUCCUGCUAAUGGAAUGGUCUCUCUGUCAAAUGAGGACUACUUUGGCAGCCAGGCAAACUAUAGUUGCCAAGAAGGGUACAAGCUGACUGGGAAUCGCAUAAGACUUUGUGUUAAAUUUGAAUUAUUGAACAACCAGACUUUUUACAACUGGACUGGUCAAACACCAGAUUGUCAAAUUGUUGAUUGUGGCCCUCCACCAAAUGUUAGCUCUGGAUAUUCCACAAGUCUUGGAACUACCUUUGGGUCUGUAGCUCACUUUUCCUGCAGUCCAGGACUGAAAUUGAUAGGAGCUUCCGAGGCCUACUGUCUGGCUAAUGGACGAUGGAACUUUACAUCUGCUAAAUGUCUUCCUGAGGGCUGCCCAAACCCAGGCACACCAGAAUAUGGGACUUUGAUAUACAAUGGGAGCUACUUUGGCCUUGGUUCUUCAGUAAGAUUUCAGUGCACUAGGCCAGGCUAUAUUAUCUCAGAUCCUAAACCUGUAUUUUGUGACCUGCAACCUGAAGAAACAACUACAAGUAUGCCCACAACAGUAGAAGCAACAACUGCAGAAAUGACAUCUUUAACAACCCAAGGGAUAACAGAAGCACCUGUAAGCACAGAGGCAACCAGUGCUGGGACAUCUGCAGAAAUGACCUCUGUCAGUACAACUAUGGAAGUCACCCCAAAACCAACCACUGCUGAUACUCCCAUUACUUUAUCUAGUACUGAGGGGUCUACUUUUAGUCCUACUACUGGACCUACAAGACCUCCAGGGACAACAGAAACAACUGCAAGUACAGAGGCAACCAGUGCUGGUACAUCUGCAAAAAUGACCUCUGCCAGUACAACUAUGGAAGUCACCUCAAAACCAACCACUGCUGAUACUCCCAUUACUUUAUCUACGGCUGCUAGUACUAUGGUCUCUACUUUAAGUCCUACCACUUCACCUACAAGACCCCCAGGCACUGGAAGAUGCAUUGGGUAUGGAGAUCCACAUUACAGAACAUUUGAUAAACGGAUCAUACACUUUCAAGGCACCUGUAAAUACACUAUGGCUCAAAGCUGUGGUGCCUCACAAGCAAAUCUCACUGAAUUCUUGGUGUCUGUGGAAAAUGAACACCGUAAGGGUAAUAAGAAGGUGUCUUGGUUGAGAAAAGUUGGUGUUGAGGUCUAUGGGAAUAUUAUCCGCUUAGAAAAAAGAAGAAAAGUCUAUAUCAACGAUGAAAGAGUGGAACUCCCAAUAUCUUUGGCAAAUGGAAGCAUUUCCAUGAUUUUCAUUAAACGAAAAACUAUAAGGUUGUCUACUGACUUUGGCUUGGAGCUGAAGUAUGAUGGCAAUAAUAGAGUGCAGGUCCGGGUGCCAAGACAAUACCAAAACCGUAUGUGUGGUAUCUGUGGCAACUUUAAUGGAAACAAAACGGAUGAUCUCGUUAUGGCAAAUGGAACUGAUGUCAGUAACAGAGAUAGGAAAGAGGCAUAUGCUCUAAUUGGUAACAGCUAUGAGAUCCCAGGAGCUGGUAUCCCAGGGUGCAAGAAAGGGGAAGAGGAUGAUUGGAUAGAAUGCUCUGACUCUCAAAAAGCACUAGUGACAACGAACACAUACUGUGGCCUGAUCAAUGACACAAACAAUGUAUUUCGGGAAUGCAUCAAAAGCGGCGACUUGGAUAUUGAAGAAAUAAAGUUUAGCUGUCAAUUUGAUGUUUGUGCAGCAUUUCAGUUUAACUCCUUCCCCAAAGAGACUGCCUGUGAACGCCUGGAGGGCUUUGCAAAACGUUGUGCAGAUGUUGGCUUCUACGUACAAUGGAGAAAUGCAGCCAAUUGUCCCCUGAUUUGUGGUAAGGAUGAGGUGUAUGACGCCAUGGCCCCAGCCUGCCCUGCAACCUGCAAUACUCCAGCAGACAAAUGUACAGUGGCUGGCACAGUGGAGGACUGCAGGUGUAAAGAUGGCUAUGUAUUGAGUGGUGACACCUGUGUACCUGAAAACCAGUGUGGCUGUACAGAUGGACAGGGACGGUAUCAUAAGCUUGGACAAUCUUGGGUGUCUAACAGUUGCACCACCAAGCAUGAAUGUGUCAGAGAAAAUGGUACAUCUUUCAUUAGAGAAACUCACCUACCCAGUUGUGAUGUAAAUGCCAGAUGUAAGCUGAAAAAUGGAAAAAGAGGAUGUUAUUGUAAAUGGCCUUACAGAGGAGAUGGUUAUAGUUGUGGAGCUACAAAAACCUGCUGGAUCUAUGGUGACCCUCAUUACAAAACCUUUGAUGGAGUGAAGAUCAACUUCCAAGGGACUUGUAGAUACGAUGCAGCAAAGAGCUGUCUUGCAAGUGGUUCAAAUCUGACCAACUUUAGAGUAACUGUCCAACAAGAACACCGUGGACGAAGCAAGAAAGUUUCUUUCACACGCAAUAUUGAAGUGACUGUUGGCAAUCAUAUGAUCACUCUAAAGAAGAGGAGAGUGGUUUUAGUCGAUGGCCAAAAGGAGAGUCUCCCUCGUGUGUUAAAUAUAGAUGGAGGAAAGAUACGCAUAAGAAGAUUGAGCAAAAAACGUGUGAGGGUGAGGACCACCUUUGGACUGAAUGUGAUAUUUGAUGGCAACACAAAAGCUUCUGUAAGGGUACCUGCUGAAUACAUGAACCAGAUGUGUGGUAUUUGUGGCAACUGCAAUGGAGAUAAAACAGAUGACCUUCGUCUGGCAGAUGGAACAGAUGUUAGUGGUGGUAGGAAGAGGGACAUCUUUGCACAAAUUGGUAAUAGCUAUUUGGUGCCAGAUCCAUCAACAAUUGGGUGUCAGGCAGGCAGCCCUGAUGACUGGGUUGAGUGCCUAGGUAGUCAAAAUGCCAUAGUAGACAAUGAUGGUCACUGUGGUACAAUGAACAAGAGUGAUAGUGUUUUCUCAUCCUGUGUUGAAAGUGGUGUUGUGGAUGUUGCUCAGUUAUAUGCUGACUGCCGGUUUGAUGUGUGUCACGAGCUGAUCUAUGUUGAUGAAUCUUCAGCCAAGGAAGCAGCUUGUGAAUCUCUGUCAAAUAUGGCAGAUCAGUGUGCUGCAGCAGAUCAAGCUGUGACAUGGAGAGCUGCUACUAAUUGCCCCCUGAGUUGUGGCAGUAAUCAGGAGUUUAACCCAACUGCAUCUGCCUGUCCUGCUACAUGUCAAAAUCCCAAUGCUCCUGAUGAAUGUGAAGGAAUCCCAGUGGAAGACUGUGAAUGCAAAGAGGGCUAUUUACUUAGUGGUGACACCUGUGUGGCUGCUGACCAGUGUGGAUGUUCAGAUGCUGAAGGAAAUUACUAUGAGUUAGGAGCAAGUUGGCUGUCAGGGGAUUGCUUGAAGCAUUAUGAAUGUGUCAAUGAAAACAGGACAGCAUUUAUCAAAGAAACAAGUCGCCCUAGCUGCCAUCCAAAUGCCGAGUGUAAACUAUUAAAUGAUAUUCGAGGAUGUCAGUGUACCCCACCCUAUACAGGAGAUGGUUAUAGUUGUAUUGAAACUGGUUCGUGUAUCUCAAGUCUAACCAACUUUGUGACUUUUGAUGAGGAAGCUUACCAAUUUAAUGGUACUUGCAAAUACUUGCUGGCUGGUACAUGUGGUAACUUGACAGCAGAACAGAUGAGGUUUACGGUGUUUCAGAACAAUGGACCAUUAGGACUUGCCAUAGAAGUAAACAUUUAUAAUCAUACAUUAACACUGGGGAAAAGAGGAUUAAUACUGGUUGAUGGAGUGAAAAUCAACUUACCCAGGGUAGUUGCUAAUGAUAAAGUCAGUAUUCAGCUCUUGACAAAAGAGCAAUUGAGAGUGUCCACUGAUGGUGGUUUUGAAGUGAUAUUCAAUGGAAACAGUGCUGCUGUUCGUGUACCAGCUGAAUACAGAAACAGAGUUUGUGGACUAUGUGGGAACUUCAAUGGAGAUAAAAUGGAUGAUCUGCUGCUGAGAACAGAUAAUGGAACAGAUAUCAGUAGGGGAAGAAGUCCUAGUGAUAUUUGGGCUUUAGUUGCUGGAAGCUAUGAAGUGUCUGGUGGAGCCGCAGGGUCGCACGAGGUUUCAAACCCCGAUGGCUUCAACUAUGGCCCUAGCUCCAGUACGACAGCACCCAAACGAAAAUGUUCUGCGAAUCACCUGCUAAGAGUUAAGAUUCCUGGGACCACAAAAACCUGCUGGAUCUAUGGUGAUCCUCAUUACCGAACCUUUGAUGGAGUGAAGAUCAACUUCCAAGGGACUUGUAGAUACGAUGCAGCAAAGAGCUGUCUUGCAAGUGGUUCAAAUCUGACCAACUUUAGAGUAACUGUCCAACAAGAACACCGUGGACGAAGCAAGAAAGUCUCUUUCACACGCAAUAUUGAAGUGACUGUUGGCAAUCAUGUGAUCACUCUAAAGAAGAGGAGAGUGGUUUUAGUUGACGGCCAAAAGGAGAGUCUCCCUCGUGUGUUAAAUAUAGAAGGAGGCAAGAUACGCAUAAGAAGAUUGAGCAAAAAACGUGUGAGGGUGAGGACCACCUUUGGACUGAAUGUGAUAUUUGAUGGCAACACGAAAGCUUCUGUAAGGGUACCUGCUGAAUACAUGAACCAAAUGUGUGGUAUUUGUGGCAACUACAAUGGAGAUAAAACAGAUGACCUUCGUCUGGCAGAUGGAACAGAUGUUAGUGGUGGCAGGAAGAGGGACAUCUUUGCACAGAUUGGUAAUAGCUAUUUGGUGCCAGAUCCAUCAACAAUUGGGUGCCAGGCAGGCAGCCCUGAUGACUGGGUUGAGUGCGUAGGUGGUCAAAAUGCCAUAGUAGACAAUGAUGGUCACUGUGGCACGAUGAACAAGAGUGAUAAUGUUUUCUCAUCCUGUGUUGAAAGUGGUGUUGUUGAUGUUGCACAGUUAUAUUCUGACUGCCGGUUUGAUGUGUGUCACGAGCUGAUCUAUGUUGAUGAAUCUUCAGCCAAGGAAGCAGCUUGUGAAGCUCUGUCAAAUAUGGCAGAUCAGUGUGCUGCAGCAGAUCAAGCUGUGACAUGGAGAGCUGCUACUAAUUGCCCCCUGAGUUGUGGCAGUAAUCAGGAGUUUAACCCAACUGCAUCUGCCUGUCCUGCUACAUGUCAAAAUCCCAAUGCUCCUGAUGAAUGUGAAGGAAUCCCAGUGGAAGAUUGUGAAUGCAGAGAAGGCUAUUUACUCAGUGGUGACACCUGUGUGGCUGCUGACCAGUGUGGAUGUUCAGAUGCUGAAGGAAAUUACUAUGAGCUUGGUCAUUCUUGGUUGAGUGAAAAUUGCUCCCUGAAGCAUGAAUGUGUGAGGGAAAAUGGAAGGUCUAUCUUGAAAGUCACUGUGUUACCAGCAUGUCACACACAAGCCAGAUGUAAACUGAAGAAUGGCAUUCGAGGAUGCUACUGCAAAUGGCCAUUCAGAGGAGAUGGUUACACUUGUGGAGCCACAAAAACCUGCUGGAUCUAUGGUGACCCUCAUUACAAAACCUUUGAUGGAGUGAAGAUCAACUUCCAAGGGACUUGUAGAUACGAUGCAGCAAAGAGCUGUCUUGCAAGUGGUUCAAAUCUGACCAACUUUAGAGUAACUGUCCAACAAGAACACCGUGGACGAAGCAAGAAAGUCUCUUUCACACGCAAUAUUGAAGUGACUGUUGGCAAUCAUGUGAUCACUCUAAAGAAGAGGAGAGUGGUUUUAGUUGAUGGCCAAAAGGAGAGUCUCCCUCGUGUGUUAAAUAUAGAAGGAGGGAAGAUACGCAUAAGAAGAUUGAGCAAAAAACGUGUGAGGGUGAGGACCACCUUUGGACUGAAUGUGAUAUUUGAUGGCAACACGAAAGCUUCUGUAAGGGUACCUGCUGAAUACAUGAACCAAAUGUGUGGUAUUUGUGGCAACUACAAUGGAGAUAAAACAGAUGACCUUCGUCUGGCAGAUGGGACAGAUGUUAGUGGUGGCAGGAAGAGGGACAUCUUUGCACAGAUUGGUAAUAGCUAUUUGGUGCCAGAUCCAUCAACAAUUGGGUGCCAGGCAGGCAGCCCUGAUGACUGGGUUGAGUGCGUAGGGGGUCAAAAUGCCAUAGUAGACAAUGAUGGUCACUGUGGCACGAUGAACAAGAGUGAUAACGUUUUCUCAUCCUGUGUUGAAAGUGGUGUUGUGGAUGUUGCACAGUUAUAUUCUGACUGCCGGUUUGAUGUGUGUCACGAGCUGAUCUAUGUUGAUGAAUCUUCAGCCAAGGAAGCAGCUUGUGAAGCGCUGUCAAAUAUGGCAGAUCAGUGUGCUGCAGCAGAUCAAGCUGUGACAUGGAGAGCUGCUACUAAUUGCCCCCUGAGUUGUGGCACUAAUCAGGAGUUCAACCCAACUGCAUCUGCCUGUCCAGCUACAUGUCAAAAUCCCAAUGCUCCUGAUGAAUGUGAAGGAAUCCCAGUGGAAGAUUGUGAAUGCAGAGAAGGCUAUUUACUCAGUGGUGACACCUGUGUGGCUGCUGACCAGUGUGGAUGUUCAGAUGCUGAAGGAAAUUACUAUGAGCUUGGUCAUUCUUGGUUGAGUGAAAAUUGCUCCCUGAAGCAUGAAUGUGUGAGGGAAAAUGGAAGGUCUAUUUUGAAAGUCACCGUGUUACCAGAAUGUCACACACAAGCCAGAUGUAAACUGAAGAACGGCAUUCGAGGAUGCUACUGCAAAUGGCCAUUCAGAGGAGAUGGUUACACUUGUGGAGCCACAAAAACCUGCUGGAUCUAUGGUGACCCUCAUUACAAAACCUUUGAUGGAGUGAAGAUCAACUUCCAAGGGACUUGUAGAUACGAUGCAGCAAAGAGCUGUCUUGCAAGUGGUUCAAAUCUGACCAACUUUAGAGUAACUGUCCAACAAGAACACCGUGGACGAAGCAAGAAAGUCUCUUUCACACGCAAUAUUGAAGUGACUGUUGGCAAUCAUGUGAUCACUCUAAAGAAGAGGAGAGUGGUUUUAGUUGAUGGCCAAAAGGAGAGUCUCCCUCGUGUGUUAAAUAUAGAUGGAGGAAAGAUACGCAUAAGAAGAUUGAGCAAAAAACGUGUGAGGGUGAGGACCACCUUUGGACUGAAUGUGAUAUUUGAUGGCAACACAAAAGCUUCUGUAAGGGUACCUGCUGAAUACAUGAACCAAAUGUGUGGUAUUUGUGGCAACUACAAUGGAGAUAAAACAGAUGACCUUCGUCUGGCAGAUGGAACAGAUGUUAGUGGUGGCAGGAAGAGGGACAUCUUUGCACAAAUUGGUAAUAGCUAUUUGGUGCCAGAUCCAUCAACAAUUGGGUGUCAGGCAGGCAGCCCUGAUGACUGGGUUGAGUGUGUAGGUAGUCAAAAUGCCAUAGUAGACAAUGAUGGUCACUGUGGCAUAAUGAACAAGAGUGAUAACGUUUUCUCAUCCUGUGUUGAAAGUGGUGUUGUGGAUGUUGCUCAGUUAUAUUCUGACUGCCGGUUUGAUGUGUGUCACGAGCUGAUCUAUGUUGAUGAAUCUUCAGCCAAGGAAGCAGCUUGUGAAGCUCUGUCAAAUAUGGCAGAUCAGUGUGCUGCAGCAGAUCAAGCUGUGACAUGGAGAGCUGCUACUAAUUGCCCCCUGAGUUGUGGCCCUAAUCAGGAGUUCAACCCAACUGCAUCUGCCUGUCCUGCUACGUGUCAAAAUCCCAAUGCUCCUGAUGAAUGUGAAGGAAUCCCAGUGGAAGACUGUGAAUGCAAAGAGGGCUAUUUACUCAGUGGUGACACCUGUGUGGCUGCUGACCAGUGUGGAUGUUCAGAUGCUGAAGGAAAUUACUAUGAGUCUGGGCAGCAUCUGGCAAAAUGUGGCAUAAAUGCCAGACUUUGCCAGACUUGGCCCAGAUCUGAAACUGGUUCGUGUAUCUCAAGUCUAACUAACUUUGUGACUUUUGAUGAGGAAGCUUACCAAUUUAAUGGUACUUGCAAAUACUUGCUGGCUGGUACAUGUGGUAACUUGACAGCAGAACAGAUGAGGUUUACAGUGUUUCAGAACAAUGGACCAUUAGGACUUGCCAUAGAAGUAAACAUUUAUAAUCAUACAUUAACAUUGGGGGAAAGAGGAUUAAUACUGGUUGAUGGAGUAAAGAUCAACUUACCCAGAGUAGUUGCUAAUGAUAAAGUCAGUAUUCAGCUCUUGACAAAAGAGCAAUUGAGAGUGUCCACUGAUGGUGGUUUUGAAGUGAUAUUCAAUGGAAACAGUGCUGCUGUUCGUGUACCAGCUGAAUACAGAAAUAGAGUUUGUGGACUAUGUGGGAACUUCAAUGGAGAUAAAAUGGAUGAUCUGCUGCUGAGAAAUGGAACAGAUAUCAGUAGGGGAAGAAGUCCUAGUGAUAUUUGGGCUUUAGUUGCUGGAAGCUAUGAAGUGUCUGGUGGAGCCGCAGGUUGUAGACCUGGAAAUCCUAUACCACCAGGUACUUGUACAGCAGAACAGCUUAUCAAUGUCACUUCUUCUGAAUACUGUGGACUGAUAAACGACACAACAAGUGUUUUCUCCGAGUGUAUAGAUAGUGGAUAUUUGCAAACAGUGCGCAUCUACCAGGCAUGUGUGUCUGACGUUUGUGGAGGACUUAAGAACAGUGUGGCUCUUGCUAAAGUGAAAGCUUGCAACCACCUUGAUAGCUUUGCAAGCCUUUGCUCAUCUAAUAAAUUCCCAGUUAUAUGGAGACAGGCUGCUAACUGCCCCUUGACAUGUCAAGCAAAUGAAGAAUACGACAGCACAUCUUCAGCUUGUCCGGCAACUUGCCAAAAUCCCCAAGCUCCGGAAAAAUGUAAUGAAGCAACUGUGGAAAGGUGCCGAUGCAAAGAAGGCUAUUUACUCAGUGGCGCUACCUGUGUUCCUGAAGACCAGUGCGGUUGCUCAGAUGAUGAGGGAAACUAUUAUGCUCUUGGACAAAGUUGGCUGUCUAAGGACUGUAGAAUUUGGACUCGGUGUAUGAAAAAUGGCAAAACUUCAGUGCUGUUUGUUGACCACCGAGCAUGUGACCCUAAUGCUGAGUGUAUGAUGGUAGAUUUCACACCUAAAUGUGUCUGCAGGCCACCAUUUGUUGGAGAUGGAUAUUCUUGUAUCAGUGAAUACUGUCAGAACAUUACAUGUCAAAAUGGAGGGCAGUGUGUAUCAAGAUCUGAUGGAUUUCUCUGCAACUGUUCUAAUGGGUAUGGUGGAGAAUUCUGUGAACAAAGAGUCUGUGAAGAAGAAAGUGGAUUUUGUGUAGGGAAAAGCAGCAACUGUGAAGGCACAACUAAUACAACAUUUUACUGUGGAGAAAGGGGAACAUGUUGCUUUAUUCAGCCAAUAGAGUGCCUAGUGGAAAGAGCAGAUGUCAUGUUUGUUGUUGAUGCAUCAGGCAGUGUAGGGGAGAGCAAUUUUGAAACUGGUCUGAAGUUCAUUGCCAGCAUUAUAAGCUACUGGAGCCUUGGUCCCAAUGGACUAAAUGUUGGUGUGAUUCGGUUUGCAUCCCAGUCCAGAGUGAUUAUUGGACUUCAACAAGUGUCAGACAACUCUCUUCUCCAGAAACAAAUCAGAGCCAUUGAGUAUACAAGGGGUGGCACUGCUACCUACCUGGCCUUGAAUGACUUACUGUCUGUGUUUUCACAAGGACGUUCUGGUGUUCCAAAAAUUGGUAUCUUGGUCACUGAUGGAAAGUCCAACCACAAAGGGAAAACCAUCCAAGCAGCUCGUCUUGUUCAACAAAGCAAUGUAACUCUAUUUAGCAUUGGUGUAGGCAAGGGUAUAGAUGGUAAUGAAUUAGAGGCAAUUGCUGGCAAUAGAAAACGUGUGUUCAGUGUUGGUAACUACAGCUUGUUAGAAGAGGUUAGGAAGGUUAUUGCAGUGGAUGUUUGCAAUGUGACUGAAGACAGCGCAACAGACAUAGACAAAUGUCUUGGAGCAUCUUGUGAUAAUGGAGGAACAUUGUUGGGCUGUGAUCCUCAGACAAGAAAUGUUAGUUGCUCCUGUCCUGUUGGCUAUACUGGUACCUACUGUGAAACAGACAUAGAUGACUGUAUGAAUGUCACCUGCCAGAAUGGAGGACAAUGUGAAGAUAGAUUGAAUGGAUUUUACUGCAACUGUUCUAAUGGAUAUGGUGGAGAAUUCUGUGAACAAAGAGUCUGUGAAGAAGAAAGUGGAUUUUGUGUAGGGAAAAGCAGCAACUGUGAAGGCACAACUAAUACAACAUUUUACUGUGGAGAAAGGGGAACAUGUUGCUUUAUUGAGCCAAUAGAGUGCCUAGUGACAAGAGCAGAUGUCAUGUUUGUUGUUGAUGCAUCAGGCAGUGUAGGGGAGAGCAAUUUUGAAACUGGUCUGAAGUUCAUUGCCAGCAUUAUAAGCUACUGGAACCUUGGUCCCAAUGGGCUAAAUGUUGGUGUGAUUCGGUUUGCAUCCCAGUCCAGAGUGAUUAUUGGACUUCAACAAGUGUCAGACAACUCUCUUCUCCAGAAACAAAUCAGAGCCAUUGAGUAUACAAGGGGUGGCACUGCUACCUACCUGGCCUUGAAUGACUUACUGUCUGUGUUUUCACAAGGACGUUCUGGUGUUCCAAAAAUUGGUAUCUUGGUCACUGAUGGAAAGUCUAACCACAAAGGGAAAACCAUCCAAGCAGCACGUCUUGUUCAACAAAGCAAUGUAACUCUAUUUAGCAUUGGUGUAGGCAAAGGCAUAGAUGGUAAUGAAUUAGAGGCAAUUGCUGGCAAUAGAAAACGUGUGUUCAGUGUUGGUAACUACAGCCUGUUAGAAGAGGUUAGGAAGGUUAUUGCAGUGGAUGUUUGCAAUGUGACUGAAGACAGUCCAAGGGACAUAGACAAAUGUCUUGGAGCAUCUUGUGAUAAUGGAGGAACAUUGUUGGGCUGUGAUCCUCAAACAGGAAAUGUCAGUUGCUCCUGUCCUGUUGGCUAUACUGGUACCUACUGUGAAACAGACAUAGAUGACUGUAUUAAUGUCAUCUGCCAGAAUGGAGGACAAUGUGAAGAUAGAUUGAAUGGUUUUUACUGCAACUGCUCAAAUGGCUAUGAUGGGGAAUACUGUGAACAGAGAAUCUGUGAAUAUGAAAAAGGUGUAUGUUUAAGGAACACUGGUAACUGUGAUGGCACAACAAACACUUCCUUUUCCUGUGGAAACAGGGGAACAUGUUGCUUUAGUGAGCCAAUAGAAUGCUUGGUGAGAAAAGCAGAUAUUGUUUUCCUCUUUGAUGCCUCUGGAAGUGUUGGCAGUGAGAACUUCGCAACUGGACUUGGUUUCAUGGCUAGCAUUGUAAACUACUGGCAGAUUGGACCAGAACACAUACAAGUCGGGGUUAUAAGUUUCUCUAAUAAUGCAAAAGUUGAAGUCAGUCUGGGUCAAUUCACAGAUAACACACAGCUGCAGGAAGCUAUACGUAACAUCUUCUACUACAAGGGCAAAACAUACACUGAUUUUGCUCUGAAAUUGCUGAAUCAGAUCAUUCAAAGAGAUGACCGUCCAGAUGUGCCAAGAGUAGGAAUUGUAAUUACGGAUGGAAAGUCCACUAACAGUGGAGCCACAAAGGCAGCAGCUCGCUUAGUUCAACAAAAUAAGGUCACCCUGUUUUCAAUUGGCGUUGGAGGUGGAGUAGACAGGGACGAACUGAGAGUGAUUGCUGGAAAUGCAUCUCGUGUGUUUGAUGUCAAUAACUAUAAUUUACUGGAAGAAGUCAGAAAACUAGUGGCGGUGGAUGUUUGUGAUGUGACAAAUAAUACAUGGCAAGAUGUUGAUCAGUGUUAUGGAGUGGUUUGUGAAAAUGGUGGCACUCUGAAGUGUGUGCCUGCUAACAAUACAGCUGAAUGCAUAUGCCCCAUAGGAUUCUCUGGAACUUUCUGUGAAAUAGAUAUUGAUUAUUGUCCUGGAGUUACUUGUCAAAAUGGAGGAGACUGCAUUGAGUUGCAAGAUGGUUUUCGGUGCCGCUGCCCUGCAGCAUACACGGGAACAUUCUGUGAAACAAAAGCUGUUAUUGGAACUUGCAUUGGUUAUGGAGAUCCACAUUAUAAAACAUUUGAUAAACAGAUCAUACACUUCCAAGGCACCUGUAAAUACAAUUUGGCUAAAAGCUGUGGUGCCUCACAAGCAAAUCUCACUGACUUCUUGGUCUCUGUGGAAAAUGAACAUCGUAGGGGUAAAAAGGUGUCUUGGUUACGUCAAGUGGAAAUAGAAGUCUUUGGGAAUGUAAUCCGGUUUGAAAAGAAAGGAAGGAUCUUUAUCAAUGAUAAGAGGGUCCAACUACCAGCAACCUUGGCCAGUGGAAGGGUGUCAUUAAUCAAGAUUAAAAGGAAAACCGUCCAUCUUGUAACAGACUUUGGGAUGAAAAUUGAAUACAAUGGGAGAAGCAAAGUGGAAGUCCAAAUUCCUGGACAAUACCAGAACCUUAUGUGUGGGAUUUGUGGCAACUUUAAUGGAAAUAAAGCCGAUGACUUCCUUCUUGCAAAUGGAACUAAUGUUAAUGACAGAAAGAGAAAAGAGGCUUAUGCACUAGUUGGUAACAGCUAUGAAAUCCCAGGAGCUGGUAUUCCAGGGUGCAAGAAAGGCUCAGAAGAUGACUGGAUAGAAUGUACAGAUUCACAAAGGGAGCUAGUAUCUUCAACCAAUUACUGUGGCCUGAUAAACGACACAAGCAGUGUUUUUAGACAGUGUAUCAACAGUGGGAAUUUAGACAUUGAAGAGAUCAAGUUCAGUUGUGAAUUUGAUGUUUGUGAAUCAUUUGCAUAUGGGAUCUCUGCAGCAAAGGCAACUGCCUGUGAGCGCUUAGAAGGGUUUGCCUCACGCUGUGCAGAAUAUGGCAUUUAUGUCAAGUGGAGAAAUGCUGCUAAUUGCUAUCCGAUUUGUGGUAAGGAUGAGGUGUAUGACGCCAUGGCCCCAGCCUGCCCUGCAACCUGCAAUACUCCAGCAGACAAGUGUACAGUGGCUGGCACAGUGGAGGACUGCAGGUGUAAAGAUGGCUAUGUGUUGAGUGGUGACACCUGUGUACCUGAGGACCAGUGUGGCUGUACAGAUGGACAGGGAAUUUAUUACAUGCUUGGCCAUUCAUGGAUUUCUGAAAGCUGCACAGUGAAACACGAAUGUGUGCGAGAAAAUGGUACAUCUUUCAUUAGAGAUACUCAUUUACCCAGUUGUGAUGUAAAUGCCAGAUGCAAGCUGAAAAAUGGAAUACGGGGAUGUUAUUGUAAUUGGCCUUACAGAGGAGAUGGUUACACUUGUAGAGCCACAAAAACCUGCUGGAUCUAUGGUGACCCUCAUUACAAAACCUUUGAUGGAGUGAAGAUCAACUUCCAAGGGACUUGUAGAUACGAUGCAGCAAAGAGCUGUCUUGCAAGUGGUUCAAAUCUGACCAACUUUAGAGUAACUGUCCAACAAGAACACCGUGGACGAAGCAAGAAAGUCUCUUUCACACGCAAUAUUGAAGUGACUGUUGGCAAUCAUGUCAUCACUCUUAAGAAAAGGAGAGUGGUUUUAGUUGAUGGGGAAAUGCAGAGUCUCCCUCGUGUGUUAAAUAUUGAAGGAGGAAAGGUACGCAUAAGAAGAUUGAGCAAAAAACGUGUGAGGGUGAGGACCACCUUUGGACUGAAUGUGAUAUUUGAUGGCAACACGAAAGCUUCUGUAAGGGUACCUGCUGAAUACAUGAACCAGAUGUGUGGUAUUUGUGGCAACUACAAUGGAGAUAAAACAGAUGACCUUCGUCUGGCAGAUGGAACAGAUGUUAGUGGUGGCAGGAAGAGGGACAUCUAUCCACAAAUUGGUAAUAGCUAUUUGGUUCCAGAUCCAUCAACAGUUGGGUGCCAGGCAGGCAGUCCUGAUGACUGGGUUGAGUGCAUAGGUAGUCAAAAUGCUAUAGUAGACAAUGAUGGUCACUGUGGCAUGAUGAACAAGAGUGACAGUGUUUUCUCAUCCUGUGUUGAAAGUGGUGUUGUGGAUGUUGCUCAGUUAUAUGCUGACUGCCGGUUUGAUGUGUGUCACGAGCUGAUCUAUGUUGAUGAAUCUUCAGCCAAGGAAGCAGCUUGUGAAGCUCUGUCAAAUAUGGCAGAUCAAUGUGCUGCAGCAGAUCAAGCUGUGACAUGGAGAGCUGCUACUAAUUGCCCCCUGAGUUGUGGCAGUAAUCAGGAGUUCAACCCAACUGCAUCUGCCUGUCCUGCUACAUGUCAAAAUCCCAAUGCUCCUGAUGAAUGUGAAGGAAUCCCAGUGGAAGACUGUGAAUGCAAAGAGGGCUAUUUACUCAGUGGUGACACCUGUGUGGCUGCUGACCAGUGUGGAUGUUCAGAUGCUGAAGGAAAUUACUAUGAGCUGGGAGAAAGCUGGCUCUCAACUGACUGCUUGACACAUUAUGCAUGUGUGCAUGAGAAUGGUACAUCCUUUAUCAAGACCACAAAUCGCUCAAGUUGUGAUGCAAAUGCACAGUGUACAUUGUUGAAUGGCAAACGAGGCUGUUAUUGCACUCCACCCUAUGAAGGAGAUGGUUACAGUUGUAUAGAAACUGGUUCAUGUAUCUCAAGUCUGACCAACUUUGUGACAUUUGAUGAGGAAGCAUACCAAUUUAAUGGCACUUGCAAAUACAUGCUGGCUAGUUCAUGUGGUAACUUGACAGCAGAACAGAUGAGGUUUACAGUGCUUCAGAACAAUGGGCCAUUAGGACUUGGUGUAGAAGUGAACAUUUAUAAUCAUGUUGUUACACUGGGGCCAGGUGAAAUGGUGUGGGUUGAUGGAUUGAAAAUCAACUAUCUACCCAGGAUGAUUGCAGAUGAAAAAGUGAAGAUUGAACUCUUGACAGGAGGGCAGGUGAGAUUGUCUAGUGGUCCUGGUUUUGAAGUGAUGUUCAAUGGAAACAGUGCUGCUAUCCGCGUACCAGCUGAAUACAGAAACAGAGUUUGUGGAAUAUGUGGGAACUUCAAUGGAGAUAAAAUGGAUGAUCUGCUGCUGAGAAAUGGAACAAAUAUCAGUAAUGGAAGAAGUCCUAGUGAAAUUUGGGCUUUAGUUGCUGGAAGCUAUGAAGUGUCUGGUGGAGCUGCAGGUUGUAGACCUGGAAAUCCUAUACCACCAGGUACUUGUACAGCAGAACAGCUUAUCAAUGUCACUUCUUCUGAAUAUUGUGGACUGAUAAACGACACAACAAGUGUUUUCUCCCAGUGUAUAAAUAGUGGAUAUUUGCAAACAGUGCGUAUCUACCAGGCAUGUGUGUCUGACAUUUGUGGAGGACUUCAACGCAGUGAGGCUCUUGCUAAAGUAAAGGCCUGCAACCAUCUUGAUAGUUUUGCAAGCCUUUGCUCCUCCAAUAGAUUCCAAGUUACAUGGAGACAGGCAGCCAAUUGCCCUCUUCUGUGUCAAGCAAAUGAAGAAUAUGACAGCACAUCUUCGUCUUGUCCUGCAACUUGCAUUAAUCCCAGAGCUCCAGAAAACUGUAGCAAGGCAACAGUGGAAAGGUGCCGAUGCAAAGAAGGCUAUUUACUCAGUGGCGCCACCUGUGUCCCUGAAGACCAAUGCGGAUGUUCAGAUGAUGAAGGAAACUAUUAUGCUCUGGGACAAAGCUGGUUGUCAUCAGACUGUGCAAUACAAUAUCAGUGCAAAAAGGUAGAUGUGGAAUCUGUGAUAGUUACGGGUGACAGGAGGCCUUGCCAUCCCAAUGGUAAAUGUGGUAUGGUGGACUUUGCACGUAAGUGUAUCUGCCCACCACCGUAUAGUGGAGAUGGAUACUCGUGUAUUGCCCCUAAUGUGACAGCUGAAGAAACUCAGUACUUUAGCCAUGGUGGUCAUGUCCUGGUGGCAUGUCAAAGGACUGGGAACUGGUCUGAAACAGUGAUAGCAUCUUGGAGCAUCUAUAACACUGACAGAAUGGAAUGGAUCAGUGUUAUGCCAGGAAACAAGUAUGAAAUUGGAACAACUGGACUGAUUAUCAAGAACAGUACAGACAAGGACAGUGGGUUAUACAGGUGUGCUGCAUCAGAAGGAAACUUUACAGCAGAUACAGAAAUACAGGUUAAGAUUGGAGGUUUACCUGAAGUAUGGGGUCCACCCACUAGUGGAGCUGUGGCUGAGGGGGACAAUGUAACAUUGACUUGCUUUGGAGAGGGAAUAUCAACUAUUAUGUGGUACAAGGGAAUGGUGGAGAGUCCACUCACUGCCAGCUCCAAGUACAGCCUUAGUUCUAAUGGCCAUGCACUGACCAUUCUGGCUGCAGCAGCAGAAGAUGAUGACAUGUACAUAUGUGUGGCAAGGAAUUCCUAUGGUACUAUCAGGUCCCAGGCCACUUUGACAGUGAUUGCUCCAGUUGCACCAUACUACAAGAUCCUUCUGAAUGGAACAUUCACAAGUCAGAACAAUAGCCAUGCUGUACUGCCUACAGAUUGUAUGAGCUACUACAUCUCUCAUAUCUAUGAACUCUUUACCAGUACACUUCAGGCCUCCAUUGGGGUGGUAGAGAAGAUGCCACAAUGCAGCAACUUAGUCAACUUGACAUUAGAAAUGGGAAAUGUGGAUUUGAGCAACAAUGUUACUGAGGCAUAUUUCAGUGGAGAAAUUGUAUUGCGCUCUCCUAAGCCCACAAGACAGAUGGAAACCUGUGGCUUUGCCUUAUCCACCAUUUUGACUCUUCCCAUCAGCCCUGUGGCCAAAUUCAUCAAAGUAAAUGACAGCAAUGAGUGUGUUGGUAUAGAGCUGAAUCCACCAAGUCUCCAUGAAGGUGGUAAAAUGUGGAUGUGCCCAGCUGGGCACAACUUCAUUGAGUCAGCAUUGGAAUGCCCAUAUGUGACAAAUAUCACAGACAUAACUACAACACGACCUCCUCCAACUGUGCCACCAGUGGAAGAACAACCUGGGGUUUGCACUGCCUUUAGUGGAAUCAACUACAUGACCCUGGAUGGCCAAAUCAUUUCUUUCCAAGGGACUGCUAAGUACCAGUUCAUCAGUUUGUGUGGAGUCUCCUCAGACAUGAAUAGAUUCCAAGUUGCCACGAGAACGGAGACUAUUGUUGGAAUAAGCAGAAUGGAGUAUAAAAUCAUUGUAGAAACUUCAGUUGACAAUAACACCAUCGUGUUUGGCAUUGGAAAGUCUGUUAAGGUGAACAGUGAACUUGUAUUAGCUCUACCUUACACCAUACCAGGUACAGGUGUUAACAUCACCUACAACUCACAGGGUCAGAUACAGCUGGUCACUACAGCUGGGUUUAUGGUUACUUACGAUGGUGACCAAAUGCUUAAGGUCAUGGUACCAAGAAAAUAUGCUUCAGGAACCUGUGGCAUAUGUGGAAAUUUUGAUGGAGAUAAGACCAAUGAUUUGAGGCUGGCCAAUGGAACUGAUGUCAGCAAUGUUGGUGAAAAUAUACAAAAUGUGUAUGCCCAGAUAGGCAACAGUUAUCGCAUUCUUGACCUGCAGUUCAGUCAUUUUGGUAAAGCUGAGCCUGUUCCCAACAUCACUUGCACAGUGGAUCAGUUAGACAUGGCAAGAGCAACCGAAUACUGUGGACUGUUGAGAGAUGACAGUAGCGUGUUCUCCGAAUGCAUCCACAAUGCAAACAUUGAUAUAGAAGGCAUGUACAGUCUCUGCCAGGCUGAUGUGUGUGCUGAACUCGGUGUAAACAACACAGGCAGAGCCAAGCAGAUGGCCUGUAAAGUCCUGGAGACAUUUGCAAACGAGUGUAGAAGAUAUGGCUACACUGAAGCAUGGAGGAGUGUCUCAAAUUGCAGCUUAUCCUGUGGUCCAAAUGAAGUAUACUCAACUAGUACCACCUUCUGCCCAGCCACAUGUCACAGUCCAAAUGCUGCUGGGGACUGCACCUCACUACCAACAGAGGGCUGUGCCUGUGAAGAUGGGUACAUACGAAGUGGCUAUCGUUGUGUGCCUGAGAGUGAAUGUGGAUGCACUGACAGCUUUGGGAACUAUCAUGAGUUGAAUGAAUACUGGAUGUCAGAAGACUGCUCAACAUGGCAUGGAUGUGAACUGAGGAUGGGACAACCUUCUAUUGUGGCAAACAAUGCCAGCUGUAACUCACAGUCUGAGUGCAGAGUUGUGGAUGGAAUCCGAGGAUGUUAUUGUGCUGCAGAAGACGACAUUGGUAGUGGUGACAUGUGUACAGCUGGAUCAACAUGUAUGGCUUAUGGAGAUCCACAUUUCAUAACCUUUGACCAGACCUUUAUGAGCUUCAGAGGCAAUUGCACUUACAAUUUUGUCCUUCCCCUGUCUAAUACGGACUACCCAGUCAACAUUUUUGUGACAUAUGAGUCGGAAGACAAGGGCCUGAAUAUUGCCCCUAUUGAGAGGGUUGAGGUGGAGUUUACUGGAUUGCCAAAUGUCAAAAUCCAUAAAGACUACACUGUUCAGAACUCUACUGGUGACACCUUGAUUUUGGUAAUGGGUUUUAAUAAGCAACUUGGCAAGGUUUCCAUUUCCCUGCCCACUGUAAGGUUUAGUGAAAAGUUGACUGGAUUAUGUGGCAACUUCAAUGGCCUGAAAGAAGAUGAUAUUUACCUGAGGAAUGGAAGUGCUGUCACUUCAAACAGUAACCUGACAAAAGAAGAAAUCUAUUCCAUGGUUAGCAAAAGCUAUAUGUUGUCAGAAAGUUGUGCACAAGAAACAGCAGAUUUCCAGUGCUCUGAAAAUGAAAUGCAGCUUGCAGCAACAACGAAAUUCUGUGGUUUAAUCAAGAACAAUCGUAGUGCAGCAUUUGCAAGCUGUAUAAUGAGUGGAAUAGUGGAUGUGGACCAAAUGUACUAUGCCUGCACCAAAGACGUUUGUAAAGCUCUGAGAAAUGGUGAUUCUGAAACUGCUAAAGCGGCUGCUUGUAGGAGUUUGAAGGUGUUGGCAGCUCAGUGUCCAAGAACAACUUAUGGAGAACAAUAUUGGACUUUAGCACAAUGUGAACCAUCCUGUGGUGAAGAUGAAGUGUUCAGAUCCAGCACCUCUGCUUGCCCUGCUACAUGUGCUAAUCCUGUUGCCCCGCUGACAUGUAAGAAGGCAAAUGUGGCAGGUUGCAUGUGUAAACCAGGAUAUCUUCUUAGUGGGACAAAGUGUAUACCAAAGUCUCAUUGUGGAUGUGUGGAUUCUUGGGGCAACUACCACCAGCUGGGAGAAAAAUGGAUGUCAGUCAAUUGCUCCAUGCAAUGGAAUUGUGAAAAGGUUAAUGGAACUGCAGUAAUUACAGAUACUUCAGUUCAGUGUGACAGUAAUGCAGAGUGCUCUGUCAGGGAAGGAACCAGAAACUGCUUCUGUAGGUCACCUUACACAGGCAAUGGCUUUACGUGCACAGGACCAUACGUUGAUGCUCCAAGUCCACAGUAUUUGGUGGUAAAUUCUGAUGACACUAUCCAAUGUAGAGCUGUUGGACUGUGGACACCUCCACUUGGAAUGCAGUUUACUAAAGACAGUGCAAUUGUUUUGACAGAAGGAGACAAGUACAUGGUCAACAGCAGCAGAGGUUUGAUGAUAAUGAACAUCAGCACUGCUGAUGCUGGUUCCUAUAUAUGCUCAGUUAAUGACUCAGCAGGGGUUAGAGAUACAGCAACAGUGGAUGUGUAUACUGGAGCCUUACCUGUAUUAUGGUCCACACCCCAAGAUUCCCAUGUUGCUUAUGGAGAUAAUGUGACCCUCAGUUGCUAUGGUAAUGGAGAUUCUGUGUUAUGGUAUAAGGGCUCCACCUCUGGUGAAAUCAUUGAAUCAUCUGAAAACAUUGUGUUGAAGUUUAGCAACGCUACCCUCACCAUUCUGUCUGCUGAUGAAAAUGCAGUUGGCACUUACGUCUGCACCUCUUCCAAUGUAUUUGGGACAGUGACGUACUCAGCAAAUGUAACAGUUAUAGCUCCAGCCAUACCAUCCUUCCUCCUGUCCUUCAAUGGUACAAUGGGGAGCAACAAUGCCUCUCAACCAAUCCUUCCAUAUGCUUGCCGUGACACCUUCACACAGAGUAUUAGAGCCAUACUGGAUGACACAUAUCCAGAGACUGCUUCCAUAUUUGCCCUUCUGCCUGAGUGUGGUGGAAUACCAGGUGUUCAACUAAAGAAUACUGGGGAAAUACUGGUCAAUGCAUCAAACACCACAGAGGCUUACUUCUAUGCAGAAACUGUGGUGACUGCAACCUCCAUAAGUAUGGCACUGGAAACUUGUGGGAGAACCAUAUCUGAUCUUCUUACCUCUGUAACUUCUGUCAGCCCAGCUUCCCUGUACCUCUUUACCCAGGACACUGUAGAUUGUCCAGGUAUCCAGCUGAGUCCUGGCUACCUCUCAGAUGCUGGAAUGAAAUGGACAUGCCCACAAGGCUAUGUUUUCAGCAUGGUACCUUUCCAGUGUACUUUCUUGAGUGUCCUGCCAACAGUUCCUGUGAUUACUGCACCGAUUCCCACAACAGCACCAAUAGAAAUCAGCAGCCAGGAAGCAGAAGCUUUAGUUUCAAUACACAAUGCAAAUAGGUCAACUGUGGCUACUCUGAUGCAGGCAGCAGACAUGAGAACAUUGGUUUGGGGCGACUAUCUAGCUGACCGUGUUGCAGCACGGCUGGUAGCAAUGUGUAAUAUGUCUGCUGUGGCCUCUGUCAUCACAGAACAAGGAGAACCCAUAGGGCUUAUCACCCUUGAUAUCAGCAACCAAACUCUUGUUGAAGGCAUCUUAGCAUUGUAUGAGGACUGGAUAUCGACACAACCACAGUGUGAAGUUACACCAUGCAAGGAAGAUCCAUACAAGCUUGUGUGGAGUAAAGCUUCAAGAAUGGGCUGUGCACUGCGUAACUGUCUCAAUGGUGUCCAUCAAGCUGUUUGUGCAUAUGCACCAGGCCCCCCUGCACCUGCUGUGGGUGGAGUCUACAAUGAAAUGCCAUUCAAGAAUGGUACACCUUGCUCAGCAUGUAAUACAGAUGAUGAUAACAGAGAAAGCUGCUUAGUUGCUGACAAUCUGUGUGCCACACAGCCUUACUGCCAAGCCAAAAACUUGUCCUGUGCUUUGUGUGGUGGAUUUACCUGUAAGAAUGGGCAACCAAUGAACUACACCACUUGCACAUGCCAGUGCUCAGUGGCAUAUAAAGGUCUGCGCUGUGAAAAUGCCACUUGUGAACAGGUUUUAACUUGUCAGAAUGAGGGAACUUUUAGCUAUGACUCCUGCUCAUGUUCUUGCUCCAAAUACUAUAUUGGGCAAACAUGUGACCAGUUUGACUGCAACACAUAUAGCAAUGAUAGUCUGAGCCUUUGCUCUGCCCUUGCUGGAAUCUGUGAGGAAGAACUGGUUGAAGGGAUUCUUGUCAAACAUAGGUGCCCAAUUACCUGUAAAAUCUGCCCAGUUGGAUCAGGAAGAAAGAAGAGGAGUAUAACUCAGCCUUUAUUGAGUAGUCAAAAUGUUGGAAAUAUCACUAUCAAUGUGACAACAGAUGGCAAUGGAACAAGUGAUGUGGUAAUUGGAGACAAUAGCACUGUGACUGUCCAGCCAUUAGUCUUAGUGUGGAAUGAAACGCUUCCAACCUGUCAAGAUGUCAAGCUACCAGUGUUCACAGUAUGCCCAGAGAACAUAAAUAUUACUUUGGGAGUGAAUGGUCCUGAGGAGGUUGCCUUUGACAUGCCCCAAGCAGAAGAUAAUUCUGGUCUUGUCUCAAUCACGUCAUUGCCACCAAGAGUAAUAUCACCUUACAUGUUCAAGAAAAAUAUGACUGUGACAUAUACUGCUGAAGAUCCAUCAGGCAAUGCAGUCAACUGUACUGUCAAUGUUGUGCUUAUAGACAUCCACCCACCCGUAAUGUACUGUCCAGCCAACCCGGUCAUAGUGAAUGUGACCACUGAUGUCCAGCAAGUCCCUGCCUCCUACCCCCUGGACACCGUCCAGAUAAGGGACUACAGUGGAAUAGCCAGUGUAGUAUAUGAUCCACCCAAUGGAACCAUGGUUAUUGUUGGGGAACCAAUGACAGUCACUGUGACAGCCAUAGAUGCAGCAGGCAACAAUGCAUCCUGCACUUUUAUCUUCCUGAUAGAACCUGCUGGAUGCCCAGACUGGACCCUAAUACCACCUCAGAAUGGAAACAAGAGCUGUGUUAGUGACAAAUUGCCCAGCGGCCUGGAUGCUUUGUUGUGUACUAUAUUGUGUGAGGGACCGAGAUACUCUCUGGCUGUGGAGGAUCCAGAACCUAGUCAGUGCACCUCUGGAGGACUCUGGUCUCCUAGUCCAUUCUUACCAGACUGUUCAUUCCUAAACCUCCCAGAGUUUACCAUCCAAAUUACUCUGGAUUUUACUGUGCCCUCUCUAGCAGGGUGCACUCCCACAUAUGAGGCAAGUGUGAUAGAAGCCUUGACCCAGCUGGCUCUAACCAGUUGUAGUGGCUUUGGAGAACUGAACAAGACUUCAAAAUCUUUAGGAUCCAGUGCACUCACAAAUGGGCUGCGACUGGACACCUCCAUAGACCUGUCCUUCAUUGACCCCACGGCAGAUAUUCAGGCCAGUCAGACAGAGCAGUGUGCAGAACUCAUCAGUAAUGCCCUCUUGUCCACUACUGCCUUGACCGUCAUCAAUGUUACUACAUCUGGCUGCAAUGACCUGAACCUGGACGGUGUUCCCAAUAUUACAAAAGGCUACUCUUGUCCCAUGGGCCAGGUUGUCACAGUGAAGAAUGGGAGCUCUUUCUGUGCUGAAUGCUCAGCAGGUUUCUAUGCCUUCAAUGGCACCUGUAUGAAGUGUCCCAGAGGUACCUACCAGGACCAGUUUGGACAGACCAACUGUACAGUUUGUCCUUCAGGAACCUCAACUCGAUAUGAUGGAGCCAAGAACCUUACUGACUGUAUAGCUUAUUGUGGACAAGGGGAAUUCUCAAAGAAUGCGCUACAGCCUUGCAGUAGGUGUGAAAUAGGUUCUUACCAGCCUAACACUGGGUCUAAUGAUUGCAUAAUGUGCAAUCCAGGAACCACCACGCAGUUUGCUGGGGCAGUGUCAGAAAAGGAGUGUAAAGCUGUAUGUAACCCUGGAACAUUCAGCAGUUCAGGCCUGGUUCCUUGCAUUCCUUGUCCAAGGCAUACCUUUGCUGACUUGUUUGGUUCCACUGUGUGUCAGGAGUGCUCAGAACAACUGGCUACUGUUUCCAUGGGGAGUAAUAAAUCCAGUGAUUGCAAAGUUAUUGAUCAGUGUGCUCCCAGCAAAUGUCAGAAUGAUGGUACUUGUAACAGUUUUAGUAGAUAUUACACCUGCCUUUGCUCUUUAGGAUUCACAGGUAAAAACUGUGAGACUAACAUUGAUGAAUGUUCAUCUAACGACUGUCAAAACAAUGCAACUUGUGUGGAUGGAAUUGGAUCUUACAUGUGCACAUGUCCACCAGGUUAUACUGGCAGGUUCUGUGAGGUUCCCGUAGAUGAGUGUGCCUCCAAUCCAUGCAUGUUUGGUGAAUGUACAGAUGGCUUCCUGUCAUACGACUGUGCAUGCUUCCAAGGAUAUACUGGAGCAAGGUGUGAAAGUCCUGUUGACUACUGUCAGAGUCGUCCCUGUGCUAACAAUGGGCAGUGUUUCAAUGCAGAAAACACCUAUGAGUGUGUAUGUGAGGGAACAGGAUUCCAGGGUCCACAGUGCACAAUUCCAAUAGAUGACUGCCUGACCAUGAGCUGCCAAAAUGAUGGAAACUGUACUGAUGCUAUCAAUGACAUUAUUUGCAGUUGUCCUCCAGGGUUUGCUGGACAGUAUUGUGAGCUGGAAGAAGAUGAGUGUAGCAGUAACCCAUGCAUGAAUUUAGCAGCCUGCAAAGAUCUGACAAAUAACUAUCAAUGUGAUUGCAAGCCUGGAUUUACAGGACGUAACUGUGAAGUAAACAUUGAUGAAUGUGACCCUAACCAGUGCCAGAACAACGCAACCUGCAUGGAUGAAUUGAAUGAUUUCAGUUGUAAAUGCAGCCCUGGUUAUGAAGGCCGCUUAUGCGAAAACAAGAUAAACUAUUGUCUAGAUGAACCCUGCAACAGCAGAGGAUCCUGUGUGAAUGGAAUUGAUACCUACACUUGCUUGUGUUCUCCUGGAUGGACUGGAAAAGAUUGUGGGACAAAUAUUGAUGACUGCAGUCCAGACCCUUGUGUCAAUGGGAAAUGUAUAGACCAGCUGAGGGGCUAUUAUUGUGAUUGUGACAGGGGUUACACUGGAAAGAACUGUUCAGACAUAAUUGAUAACUGUGAUAAGGGCUCAUGCUUAAAUGGGGCUAACUGUACCAGUGUCCUCAAUGGCUUCACCUGUACUUGUAACAGCGGAUGGACAGGACAACUUUGUGAAAGUAACAUCCAAGAUUGUGCACCUGACACUUGCUUAAAUGGUGGAAGCUGUGAUGAUGGCAUAAAUGAGUUUUUCUGCAGUUGUCCAGAUGGAUUCACAGGCAAUCGUUGUCAAAUCAACAUAAAUGAGUGUUUGUCUGGUCCAUGUGAGAACGGAGGGUUCUGCACAGACUUGGUGGAUGGGUACAGUUGCUCCUGUGCAGCAGGAUUUACUGGCAAAGACUGCAAGAUCAACAUAGAUGACUGCUCUCCAAACCCUUGCCAGAAAGGGGCUGAGUGCAUUGACAAAGUCAGUGACUUUGCCUGUGUCUGUCCAACAAGCUACACUGGCAAGACUUGUGCAGAUAUAGUAGACUACUGUUCAGUUCUUAACCCAUGCCCAAAGAAUGCAACAUGUGUGAACAGUGUGAAAGAAAAUGGUGCCACUUGUAGAUGUCCCCCUGGGACCUAUGGCUUAGUCUGUGAAAAAGAGAGUUCUUCAGACUUUGAUAUACUUUUCCAAGGGACUGCUGCAUGUAGUGCCCAAGGCAUAGCAAUAAGUACAAUGACAGAACUGUCCGUCUGUCUAUGGGUGCGUUAUCUUAGUGACACAGUUGAUAGACCACAUUUUGAAUUGUAUGGAAACGGUGAGCCAAUCCUGUUGUUUGACAGCAGUAAGACAUACCUGAACAUCACAGGAACAGUACAAGAAGUGGACACAGCAGUCAGCACUGGAGCAUGGUUCCAUCAAUGUGCAACAUGGUCAAGUACUUCAGGGGCCUGGUCAGUCUAUCUUAAUGGUCAGCUAGUACAGUCUGGCACUGGAUAUGGAGUUAGUAGCGUCAUAUCAACAAGCAUGUCCAUCAAGAUGGCAUUUGGUGCUCGAGGAGCAGGAAUCCUUAGUCAAGUGAAUGUGUUUUCCACAAGUCUUCUGGCCUCAAGGAUAGCAACGUGGGGAAAUACAUUUAGUGUCCUGCAGGGCACUGGUGCUAUGCUACCCUGGAGUUAUCUCGGACAGUUUGGAUACUUCUGUAAUGCUGUAGAAAUACUGGUGCCCUCUAUAGGAGGAACACUGGUCUGCCCCCCUGGGUUCAGAGGUGCUUCGUGUAAAACACCAAUAGACCGAGACCCACCAGUGGUCACCUACUGCCCCAUUGACCAAACAAUUGUGUAUAAAGGAUAUGGUAGAGCACAAGUUAAUUGGGAAGAGCCAAGGUUCACUGAUAAUGUUGGGGUUGUCAAGAUUGACAGACCAUACAGAAGAGGUGCUUCACUGUCUUGGGGCAGGUAUGCUAUACAGUACACUGCCUGUGAUGCAGAGAACAACUGUGCUUCUUGUUCCUUCAUGGUGGUUGUGACAACUUCAUACUGUGAGCCAUUCCCAGCUCCUAAAAAUGGCUACAAAGAAUGCACUGCAAGGAAAAAGCACAAGAAAAAGGGCCAUAACCAUAAGAAAUAUGGAGAUUACUAUAAGUGUAAACUGAAGUGUAACAAAGGCUAUAAAUUCAAUAAAGCAGACAAACCAGCGAAGUACUACACAUGUGGAGAAGAUGGAUCAUGGUCCUACAAGAAGAAACGUGGGGCUCCUUUCAGGGUUCCAGCAUGUUCUCCUUAUAAGAAACCCAAUUGCCGGAUAAAGGGAAGAGCCAAACACAAGAGGAAAUCUUCUGCUGAUUGUACUAACAAAGAAAAGGUGGAUGUGAUGGAAUCUUUCAAGAAAGGCUGUAAACGCAGGUUGAAAUACCACAAAUACACUACAGACUGUGGCCGUGGCAAAUAUGGCUGUCAGUUCAAUGUUAAUGUGAAUUGUGGUAGAGGAUCAGCUCGUCUUAAGAGACAAGCCCAGAAUGACAGUUUCUAUGAAGUGACAUAUGACUUAACAGCUGCUCCAAAUGACACAGAUGCAGACAAUGAAACUGAACAAAGUGAAUCUAUUGUGAGUGCUUUCACACGUGAUGUCAAAUAUGGCUUGUUGACAUAUGAUGUAGACAACACUACAGUGGUAGCUGAUUCUUCUACUAUCAUAGUGGAUGGCAUCUUGCUCUGUCCAGAAGGAUCAACCUUGGAUGGCAAUGAUUGUGUUGACUGCCCAGUUGGAAUGUAUUAUGAGAAUACUACUGGAGUUGCCCAGUGUUUGCCUUGUCCAGUUGGAUCAUACAGUAAUGAAACAGGCCAGCUGGACUGCACACAGUGUCCAGUGGAAUAUAAUGUAACAGAGAAUGUCCAGUCUGUGAACGAGACUGACUGUUACAAAUCAUGUCCAGCAGGCAGUUACUAUGAGGAGUCUCAGGACAGCUGUGUCAAGUGUCCUAUUGGCUUCUACCAGGACAAGGUCAACCAGAAGUUCUGUAGAGGUUGUGAUAGUGGAACUACCACACAGCAGAUAGGGGCACACGAGGCCUCCCUAUGUAUAGCCUGUCCCCCUGGCACUGAUUUGUCAGUAAAUGGAACAUGUGAAGCUUGUCCUAUGGGAACAUACAAGAAUGUAUCUGUCAGCAUCACAUGUCAGGUGUGCCCUGUUGGAACCACCACAAACUUCACUGGAGCAACAGAUAUGGACCAGUGCCGUGUGAUAGCAACAACACCUGAAUUGCCAACAACCACAGAAAGUGCAACUACAGAAACUGCGAGCACAGAGGCUCCAGGCACUGUGUCAACCAUGACCAUACCUACCUCGGCAACUGAUGGCACCACAGUUUCCACACCAACCACAGCAACUGAUAGAACCACAGUUACCACAACAACUCCAGGAACUGACAGUACCACAGUUACCAUAACAACUCCAGGAACUGACAGUACCACAGUUACCACAGCAACUGCAGAAACUAGUGGUAGCACUCAAGAAACUACGCCAUCUUUUACAACUUCCACUGUUGCUCCUACAAACGUGUCAGUUGAAGUGUACAUUAAGGUGACAAAUAAGAACUAUACAGCUACCUUGGCUGACCCCCAGUCUGAAGAUUUUAAAAAUCUGGCUGUGCAAAUAGUAAACAUUAUGACAAGAUUGUUUUCUAACAUAACUGGAUUCCAAAAAGUGAUAAUCUUAGGAUUUUAUCCUGGAAGUAUCAUUGUUGAUUCACAAGUCAUUGUCAGAGUACCACAAGCAAACAUGAAUAAUAUAACGGUUGCACUUGAAAACACACUCAAUGAGGCCGUGCAAGGGGGGACACUGGAGACGCUAUCUGUUGACAAUCAGUAUGUCUAUGUAAAUGAGAGACCACCAGAACUUACAACUCGGGUACCAACUACAGUGACUCCAGUGACCACUAAUCCACCAGAAGGUGUUCCUGUGACUUUAAUUGCUGUCAUAGUAGUGAGUGUAGUGGCUCUGAUACUGCUGAUCGCCCUCAUUGUUGUUGUUGUCGGGAGAAACAGAAAAAAGAAACCCGCCAAGUAUGACAACUUACAUCGUAAAGACUUCAAUGGACACACUACUGUCAUGGGAGACUACCCCUACACCAGGAGUGCCAGUGUCCCUGGGUCUGACAGACAUGAUCCUACACGACCAAUGUACCAACAAGACAAGGAUUACAGGAGUAACUUGCAUUACUAUGAAUCUAUUUCUGGGGUUGGAAGAACACCUUCUGUCUUCAAGGCAAGUGAAUUUGAUGACGACUCUCUGUUUGGAGACCAACUUGGUAUCAGUAAUCCCUCUUAUGUUGCAUUAAGAACCAAUGAGGAAUAUGACCGUCCUCAGGGUAAAGCCAUGGGCUCUUUCAAAGGUGAAGAUCAAAGUACAUCAACCAGUCAACUUGAAGAAGGCCUCUUGUCUGUUCUUAAUGCUGAGCCUGCCUCCCAACCUUCAGUGUCUUCCAGUUCCUCACCCAAGUCCUACACUAGUCAGGUGGAUAUAAAGGAAGAAGACCACACUGUGACAAUCAAGCCUGGCACAGGAGAUGAUGUACAGAUUAUUCAUGGGAAGCCUAGACCUGGGAGUGUCACGAUUAAGAUUGGGGACGAGCCUAUGCUGGCGCCACCUAUCACUGAUGUGGCUCCUAUGCAAACACCACCCUCAGGUGAUGAAACUCAGCACGAAACUUAGAGAGGUCAAGGAAAAAAAGAAUAUCAAGGAUUUCUGCUCAAGUCUGAGUUUUUUAUGACAAUACCAUAAAGUAAUAACAGUUCUUUUUCAUGACUGUACAUUGGUGCAACCUUCUUUUAAUAAAAUUAGGAAAGCUGGGAGCCAAUUGAAUGCUCAGUGCAAGAGAUUCUGCUUAUGUUUUUAUUUUGAAUUAUCCAGUAAAAUUUGGAUAUGCCUCUACAGACAUCAAUGAAUUUUGAUUGCUAAACAAUAUCCUAUUUGAUAAUUAAAAUCACAGGGCUUCCAAACAGAUUAUUAGAAAACAAAUUUUCUACUAGGCACAUGGUUUUAAAAAUCAAACUUAUUAAUUUGAAGAUGGAUUUAAUUUUCCCAAGAAUUUCACAUUUUUAUAUAAAAAUAUCUGAAAAUAUAAUCAAUUAGUCUAGUGUUUUUAUAAAGCAAUAUUCUCUGUAUUUAAUCAAGAAUUUUAUAAAAAAUAGUAUUACUUUUUGAAAAACUUACUUGUUCUGACUAAUAAUGUGUAUUAUAUUUGACAUGUAUGCCAAAAAAUAAGACUAGUAUGUCUGUAACUAAGAUAAAUUUCAACAUGUUGUGAUAUUUUUGUGGUAUAAUUUUGUCUGUGAAACAUAUAUGAUAUACAUGAACAGAUACAUUUUUCACAGAACAAGUAAGAUAUGUGUGUAAAUCUUUACUUUUUAGCUUCCUUUUGUUACAUGCCUGUUUGUUUUCCAUGUAUUUUAGAGGUAUAUUUUAAUAAAUUUUAUAAAGAAUUAAUCAAAAUUGAGGCUUUAAACUUGUAGCUGUAAUGCCACUAACAUUCCAGGUUAAUUUUUUGUGAAUUUAGACAAGUUCUUUUGUUAAAAAUAUUGUGAUAUAUAAAGUGUACUUCAUAUAACAAGUAUUUUUUUUACUGAAGUAUUAUAGCUGCAUUAUAUAAUAUUUUACAUUUCUUUUUGGUCUUCAUUAAUUGAUCUUGUUGUAGUAGCAUACGAUAAAUUAAUAAAGCUUUACCAU